GUGUACAGUGUGUGUACAGUGGAUGACUAGGAAAAGUAUGUAUGUUUAGUUCCUGAUUUUUACAUAGUGACUCAGCCCAGAUUGUGGAGGCACACGCGGUGGUGUUCAAAGGAGGUCGAGGAGUGAGUGUGCCUCACCUAAGCAGAUGAUCCGUAUGAGAGCAGAGGAUUGUGCUAUGUCUGUAGGGGUAGUAAGUUGAGCUUCGACUGGGAUUGGGGUGAAGGGAAUCGACCGACUCUUUUGAUUCACCUGGGUCUUUUUACAUGCGAUUUAAUGCUCUGGAAAGGAAGUUAGGGCAAGGGUUGAUAGUGGGCUGCUACAGCGAGGACGCGAAGUGAUCCUCAGGGUUGUGACCCAACCGCGAUGGAGUGAAGUUUCAAGGACUGGGUUUGGCUUACGUGUGUAAUCCGACUUAUUCAGUCGGUAGCUGGAUCAUGAAGCAAUUUAUUUAGGACUGGCGAGAGCACAUGUAGCGCGGAUGAUCCCUUCUAGAAAAGGGUUAGGUCAUUGAAGACACCAAGAUUCUCGUGGGCUCCUUGAAGAUAUGUCCUUGUUGUAGUGCGUAGGUAUACCGAGAUGCGGGUAGAGGGUCAGGUGGGGGCAGAGAGGAUGAGUUGUGCGUGGGUGCAUUGACAUGCUGCAGCGAUUCAAAGCCAAGAUGGUGUUAUUUUUGGAGACACUGGUUUUGGAGGAAGGCAAUAAAGGUGACGAUAUGCAACGUCUUAGGGUGCAGUGAGUCAUGGUCCUUGCUGUGUUUUAGGGAUGAAAACAAAGGUAGAUAUCUUUACAAGGACAAUGGAGACUAAAAUGUAUCCCUUUAAGAGAAACCAUAGCUCUGCAGGUCGAGCUAUGUCAUCCCUUGUCCUUGCAGUUCUGCUUUUGCUAGCAUUUCAGUUCGCAAUAUGUCUAGUUCAGGGAGAGACCCUACAAAAUAUUCAGCAGAUUGGGACAUUAGAGGCCCAAGUAGCACAUGCGGCAACCAUUACCCAUAACAUAUAUAAUUCAGGAGAUCAAUUGGUCCCAGAGUCUACUAAAAGUGUUCCGGUUUCCACAGUAGCAUGGCUCACACUGGCCAUGGCCGUUGCAACUGGAUUAGGCGCCGUGCCCUUCUUCUUCGUGCAGCUGGAGCCUCGAUGGGGAGGUAUAUGCAACGGCGUUGCUUCAGGCGUGAUGCUCGCAGCAAGCUUCGAUCUCAUUCAAGAGGGUCAAAAGUUUGGAGGAGGUAGUUGGGUUGUUAUCGGCAUUCUGGCUGGCGGACUGUUCAUUCUUCUCAGUCAGAAACUUGUGCACGAUAAUUUUGGAGAAGUCAGCAUGCUGGAUGUGAAGGGCGCGGACGUUCCCAAAAUGAUAUUAGUGGUCUCAAUCAUGACCCUGCAUUCGUUUGGGGAAGGUUCUGGAGUAGGGGUAUCUUUCGCAGGCCCAAAGGGAUUUUCUCAGGGCUUGAUGGUUACGAUUGCCAUAGCGGUUCAUAACAUUCCGGAGGGAUUAGCUGUAAGUUUGCUCCUUUCAAGCCAAGGAUUAUCAGCGAAGCAAUCCAUGCUAUGGAGUAUCUUCACAUCCCUACCACAGCCGUUAGUAGCCGUUCCUGCAUUUAUGUGUGCUGAAGCAUUUCGCCAAUUUCUGCCUUUCUGUAUGGGCUUCGCCGGGGGCUGCAUGAUAUGGAUGGUAAUGGCAGAAGUUAUGCCUGACAGUAUUAAAGAUGCAGGGAAGGCGGAGGUAGCAACGGCUGCCACCCUUGCCGUGACUUUCAUGGAGGCUCUAAGUGCGUUGCUGGAAAACCCGGAGGGAGGCUCUGGUAUGAGGAAUGUUAAUAUGCUAUUAGCUUAUCUUAGCUUUGGAAUUGGUCCCUUCGUCGGGGCUUUGAUACACAUGCUACUUCUGAGCUCCAUCAAGCUGCCACUGGCUAUGGCUACUGGAAUUGGGGGAGGUGUUGCCUUCGUGGUAGCGACAUGGAAACCCUUGCAAUUUCUAUUGAAAGGCAAGCUGAAUAUCCUUUAUGUCUUCCUACUUCUAUUUUGUGGAGCAUUCUCUCACUUUGUGCUUCGAAAGCGCAUGGAAUCUAGAGCCAAGUCACGCAAAACAGAGACAGUGGCUCUGUGCUCUGGGAACCCACUUAACCCUGUAGCAAGGAAAGCUUUCUUGGCCUCAUUUAUGAUUUGGUUUUAUUCCUUUGCCGAGGGACUGGCUAUGGGUGUUGCUGCUACGAGAGGAUACAGCCUCUACUUAGUAUUUCCUGUAAUGCUUCACGGAUUGCCAAGUGGAGUUGGUGUGGGUAGUAUCGUAUAUGGAGCUACAGGUAGCAAAAAGGUGUCGUUUUUAGCAGCUGUUCUCUCUUGUUUGGCCGGUCCUAUGGGAGGCAUCUGUGCAGCACUUACUGGAAUUGGUCCAAACGGGCUUGAAAGCUUGAUUGUGGUGGCAUGUGGUAGUCUUUACCCAAUUUUUACCGGCGUCCUUUUUCGGCGAGCGCUGAGUGUCGACCCAAAGAGCACUUAUUUCGGCGUUUUGAUGGGUAUAGUGUUCACCGUGAUAUCUUUGACAACCACACGGCUUGUAUGCCUAUAUACGCCUUACUGUGGCACUUCUCUUUAGCUGUAAAAAGAUUCAAAUUAUUAAUCUAUAUUUUAUUCUUAGGUUAUUCAGGAGCAACUUGUGACGAUUUCGCUCUCUAUGCUGCUUUUAGAUGCUUCCCGCAUGAUUACUAAGAUAGUCGUGUUUCAGGGACUUCGGUCAAAUUGUACCAUGAUUCUAGGAACUCUGCAAAAUUUUAUGAUCACCGUU